AUGUCUGAGAGCAACGGUGGGGUCUCGGGUGGUAGUGUGAUCUCUGAGACCAACAGUGGGGUCUCGGGUGGCCGUGUGAUCUCUGAGAGCAACACUGAUGGAAUUGGGGGCUCCUCCAUCGAUAUAGUCCUCAUCCUUGACGACUCUUCCAGCGUUCGGCCGCCUGUGUUCUACAACACCCUGUCUUACAUGGUCCAGCUCACCAGGUGCGAGACUGACAUCGAAACUGGAAUUGGAGUCAUUGUUUUCAACUGCGUGCCGAGGACAGAAAUCCCUCUCGGCCUCUACACGAUGGGCAGCAUGCAACUUUCCUACGAGAUCUCACAAAUAAAGAGACAGGGAGGACGCACCCGGCCCGGCCCGACUAUUCGCUACAUGAAGGACACGUCCCGUUUCGGUGACGGGGUGUACCGAGUGGCCAUAGUCCUGACAGACGGGUUUAUUAAAGGCGAGCCACUAGAUGACCACAAAGGAAAAGCAGCAGCAGCCAGAGCCGCCGGGAUCACGAUGUACAGCGUGGGAGUCGGAGACCGUGUGGACAUGGAUGCCCUCAAUGACAUCACCGGUGACGCCAGCAGAGUUUUCGACGACAACAACCCGUGCGAUCUCUAUCGCAAAAUAAUCAAGGAUUUUGAUAAAACCCCCCGCUCUGGCGGCAACAGCAUCGGUGACUCCAUGAGCAGCAGCGGUAGUGCCAGCGACGGUGGCGCAUCCAGUGAAAGUGCGAGCUCAGGGAGCAACGGCGGGGAGCUCCGAGGGCAAGAGCAGUGGCUCCAGCGAGAGCAGUGGCAGAAGUGGUGGCACCAGCGGUGGCUCCGUCGGCAGCGGUGGACUCCAGCGGUGGCUCCGACAGCAGCGAUGGCUCCGACAGCAGCGGUGACUCCAACGACAGCGGUGACUCCAACGGCAGCGGUAGCUCUAACGAGCUCGCCGCAGCGUGGCUCGCCCCCAGCGAAGGCUCCGUCAGCAGCGGUGGCACCAGCGGUGGCUCCGUCAGUAGCGGUGGCACCAGCGGUGGCUCCGUCAGCAGCGGUGGUACCAGCGGUGGCUCGCGCCCCAGCGAAGGCUCCGUCAGUAGCGGUGGCACCAGCGGUGGCUCCCUCAGCAGCGGUGGCACCAGCGGUGGCUCCGUCAGCAGCGGUGGCACCAGCGGUGGAUCCGCCCGCAGCGGUGGCACCAGCGGUGGCUCCGUCAGCAGCGGUGGCUCCGCCCCCAGCGGUGGCUCCGUCAGUAGCGGUGGCUCCGUCAGCAGCGGUGGCUCGCCCCAGCGGUGGCUCCGUCAGUAGCGGUGGCGCCAGCGGUGGCUCCGUCAGCAGCGGUGGCACCAGCGGUGGCUCCGUCAGCAGCGGUGGAUCAGCCAGCAGCGGUGGCUCCGUCAGCAGCGGUGGCUCCAUUGGCAGCAGUGGCUCCGUCGGCAGCGGUGGCUCCGUCGGCAGCGGUGACUCCAACGACAGCGGUGGCUCCGCCCGCAGCAGUGGCUCCGCCCCCAGCGAAGGCUCCGUCAGCAGCGGUGGUACCAGCGGUGGCUCCGCCCCCAGCGAAGGCUCCGUCAGUAGCGGUGGCACCAGCGGUGGCUCCGUCAGCAGCGGUGGCACCAGCAUAGGCUCCGUCAGCAGCGGUGGCACUAGCGGUGGCUCCGUCAGUAGCGGUGGCUCCGCCCCCAGCGAAGGCUCUGUCAGCAGCGGUGGCUCUAUCAGCAGGGGUGGCACCAGCGGUGGCUCCCUCAGCAGCGGUGGAUCAGCCAGCAGCGGUGGCUCUGUCAGCAGCGGUGGCUCCGUCAGCAGCGGUGGCACCAGCGGUGGCUCCCUCAGCAGCGGUGGCACCAGCGGUGGCUCCGUCAGCAGCGGUGGCACCAGCGGUGACUCCGUCAGCAGCGGUGGCACCAGCGGUGGCUCCGUCAGCAGCGGUGGCACCAGCGGUGGCUCCGUCAGCAGCGGUGGCUCCGCCCCCAGCGGUGGCUCCGUCAGUAGCGGUGGCGCCAGCGGUGGCUCCGUCAGCAGCGGUGGCACUAGCGGUGGCUCCGUCAGCAGCGGUGGCACCAGCGGUGGCUCCGUCAGCAGCGGUGGCACAAGCGGUGGCUCCGUCAGUAGCGGUGGCACCAGCGGUGGCUCCGUCAGCAGCGGUGGCACCAGUGGUGGUUCCGUCAGCAGCGGUGGCACAAGCGGUGACUCCAACGGCAGCGGUGGCACCAGUGGUGGCUCCGCCCGCAGCGGUGGCACCAGUGGUGGCUCCGUCAGCAGCGGUGGCACCAGCAUAGGCUGA